AUGGAGGAGGAGCUGAAGUGCCCCGUGUGCGGCUCCCUGUUUCGGGAGCCCAUCAUCUUGCCCUGUUCCCACAACGUCUGCCUUCCUUGCGCUCGUACCAUCGCCGUGCAGACCCCGGACGGUGAGCCGCACCUGCCCCAGCCGCUCCUGCACUCCCGGGGCUCGGGGCUACCCGCCGGCGCCGCCGCGGCACCCCCUCUGGACCACGACGCGGCGGCUGGCCCGGCCUGCAGCGGCGGAGGCGGGAGCGCAGCUGGCGGCCUGGGCGGCGGUGCGGGCGGUGGCGGGGACCACGCGGACAAGCUGAGCUUGUACAGCGAGACAGACAGCGGUUAUGGUUCCUACACGCCGAGCCUCAAGUCCCCCAACGGGGUUCGCGUGCUGCCCAUGGUGCCCGCGCCGCCAGGCUCCUCGGCCGCCGCGGCCCGGGGUGCCGCCUGCUCUUCGCUGUCCUCGUCCUCUUCAAGCUCCAUCACGUGCCCGCAGUGCCACCGCAGCGCUUCCCUGGACCACCGAGGCCUGCGCGGCUUCCAGCGCAACCGGCUGCUCGAGGCCAUCGUGCAGCGGUACCAGCAGGGCCGCGGGGCCGCGCAGGGGGCGUCCGCAGCCUCUGCAGUGGCCAUCUGCCAGUUGUGCGACCGCACCCCACCGGAGCCGGCUGCCACGCUAUGCGAGCAGUGCGACGUCCUCUACUGCGCUACUUGCCAGCUCAAAUGCCAUCCAUCCCGGGGACCCUUCGCUAAGCAUCGCCUGGUGCAGCCGCCGCCACCACCCGCGCCGGCGGAGGCAGCCUCAGCAUCCCCGGGCGCUGCCCAGGGCGCCCCCAGCGGAGGUGGCGGCUGCAAGAGUCCGGGGGGCGCGGGGGCUGGAGCGGCGGGGGGCAGCGCCGCCCGCAAGUUCCCUACGUGCCCCGAACACGAAAUGGAGAACUACAGCAUGUACUGCGUGAGCUGCAGAACCCCGGUGUGCUAUCUGUGCCUGGAGGAGGGCCGUCAUGGCAAGCACGAGGUGAAGCCGCUGGGAGCCAUGUGGAAACAGCACAAGGCCCAACUGUCACAGGCCUUAAACGGAGUUUCCGAUAAGGCAAAAGAAGCAAAGGAGUUUCUGGUUCAGCUGAAGAACAUCCUGCAGCAGGUCCAGGAAAACGGACUGGACUACGAAGCCUGCCUGGUUGCUCAGUGUGAUGCGCUGGUCGAUGCUUUAACUCGGCAGAAAGCCAAGCUGCUCACCAAGGUCACCAAAGAGAGAGAGCACAAGCUGAAGAUGGUUUGGGACCAGAUCAAUCACUGCACACUGAAGCUGCGUCAGUCAACCGGGCUGAUGGAGUACUGCCUAGAGGUGAUCAAGGAGAACGACCCCUCUGGCUUCCUACAGAUCUCGGAUGCUCUGAUCAAGCGCGUCCAGGUGUCUCAGGAGCAGUGGGUCAAAGGCGCCCUGGAGCCAAAAGUGUCUGCGGAGUUUGACCUGACCUUGGACAGCGAGCCGCUGCUGCAAGCCAUCCACCAGCUGGACUUCAUCCAGAUGAAAUGUAGGGUGCCGCCCGGCCCCCUGCUGCAGCUGGAGAAGUGUUGCACCCACAACAAUAGUGUCACACUGGCCUGGAGGAUGCCGCCCUUCACCCACAGCCCCGUGGACGGCUACAUCCUGGAGCUGGAUGACGGCGACGGGGGCCAGUUCCGGGAAGUGUAUGUGGGCAAGGAGACCCUGUGCACCAUCGAUGGUCUUCACUUCAACAGUACCUACAAUGCCAGGGUCAAGGCUUUCAACUCCUCCGGCGUCGGGCCUUAUAGUAAAACUGUAGUCCUGCAGACAUCUGACGUGGCCUGGUUCACCUUUGACCCCAACUCUGGGCACCGGGACAUCAUCUUAUCCAAUGACAACCAGACGGCCACCUGCAGCAGCUAUGACGACCGGGUGGUGCUGGGCACAGCCGCGUUCUCCAAGGGCGUGCACUACUGGGAGCUGCACGUGGACCGGUACGACAACCACCCAGACCCCGCCUUUGGGGUGGCCAGGGCCAGCGUGGUCAAGGACAUGAUGCUGGGCAAGGACGACAAGGCCUGGGCCAUGUACGUGGACAACAACCGCAGCUGGUUCAUGCACUGCAACUCCCACACCAACAGGACGGAAGGCGGUGUGUGCAAGGGGGCCACUGUCGGCGUGCUCCUGGACCUGAAUAAGCACACUCUGACCUUCUUCAUCAACGGGCAGCAGCAGGGCCCCACAGCCUUCAGCCAUGUGGAUGGGGUGUUCAUGCCAGCCCUCAGCCUCAACCGCAACGUGCAGGUCACCCUGCACACAGGAUUGGAAGUACCAACAAACCUGGGGCGGCCAAAGCUGUCGGGCAACUAGCCUCCCGGCCCCAGCUGUUCACCGGCGUCUGGGAAAAGCCCCACCAUCCCUCGCUGAGGUCGAAGGACCCGCGAGGGCAGAACGAUCGCCUUGAGGGGUGCAGCCCAGCAGCCGCUCAGUAUCUUAGAGACGUGUUUUCUUUGGGGGGGUGAGAAUAGGUCUGCAGGCCACGCUUGUUGAGGCAGCUGGUUAAUAAGUGGCCACUGGUCGGUGGUGAAGCUGCGUGUGUGUUUCUCUCAUUCCUCCUGGACAUUACAAAUGCUCACAGAGAAGGAACUUUCUCGAGGGAGGGAGAAGGCAUCCGGGGUUUAUGAUUAUGUUUCCUGCCAUCUGUUUUCAAAGCUUGUCUUUUUUGCUGGUGGGGGGGCAAGAGGAGGUCCGACUUUGAGACUGGCAUCCUGAGAGCAGAGGCGGGAAGGCACUUCCGGAAUCCCACUCCCCAAGUGUUGAUUGACCCUUUGCUGGGACACCUCUCUGUCCCGAGGCUGCAGGUUCACAUCUCCUCCAGGAAAGGUUCUCCUUUUUGCUUUUUCGGUCCUGGAGUCUCCACAACAUUAUGCCCUUGCAGACCUAAUCCAAGGUCAAUAGAAAGGGGCAUUAAUCUUGACCUUCACCAUUCCCACUGACCUUCACCAUUCCCACUGAACUAUUGAGAACCUUUAAAAUGGUUUCUUUUGGUCCUUCAUUAAUCAUCUCUCUCUCUCACACACACACACACACACACGCACACACACAUCUGCGAAAAUGCAUUCACUCAGUUCUUCGUCCUUAAACACAAAAGAAAACAAUGGAAUUGGAGUGACCACAUGAAGCGUGUCUGCUGGCCGGCAGCUGUCUUCUGGAAGUGCAAGCUUGUCUGAGUUGCUCUCUUUCAGGCUUUGGUCCUCCCAGGGGGACCCUGGGGAAGCCUCUUAGAGUCUGCCUACCUUUUCUUCCAGACCUACCCUACUGUCAUCAUCAAAGUAGGAGACGGCCCCCCAUGGCAGUGGUGCCUCUGCCUUGGGAUGGGCAGGUCCUCUAAUGAAGGCAGGAAAUAGCAAUAUCAGCAUGUCCCUUACACCCCAGCCUCCCGGGGUGAGCCUGGCUGUGCCAGAGGCCCAGGCCGAGCCCCCUAGCAGGGCGCCCUCAUGGGCCCAGGAGGUCCCCAUAGAGUCAUUUGCAUCUCUCAGAAACAGAGCUUGCUUUCGGGGGUCUGAGUCCGGAGCCCGCCGCGGUCCUGUCCCCAGAGCACCUUCCUGUCCCCUCCUUCUCUUCCUCUUUGUCACCUGCCACCUCCAUUUCCAUCUGGUGGCGAAACUUUCUCCUUUUUAAAAAGAAUAUAUUUUAUCAAGCAUUUUAUUUUUGAGGUUGAGGAGUACCUUGUCCAUUUGCUGGAUUGGAUUUUUAUAAAACUUAGCCCAUAAACCGGCAGCAACUGUGUUUACUCGGUUCUACCUGCUUGUGUAGACACUGCCCUUGUUUUCUGAGCGGCCAAGGCCAACGCUGUGUAGAUCCUGCCCCCCUAGCAGCAGA